AUGCCCCGUUUUAAGAUUAAGUCGGUUUUCAACAGUCCAAGGACGUCUCCGCCGCCAGAUCAGCAGCCAAGUACUGUGGAAGACGAUGAUCCACCACUGACGCCGCUUCAAUUGCUUGGAUACAAAUCUACUACCCACCAUAAACUCCUCCACUCUGAGCUUGCUGAAGAGCUCCGUCUCCAUAUUCCGCCAAUUCUCCAGAUCUCCCACUCGUGGUCGCUGCUUUACUCGCUGGAGCAGGACGGCACCUCGCUGAACACGCUGUACAGCCGGGUGCAGCCUGCGGUUGGUGAAUCGACCACAAGAAGAAAGGGAUAUCUCCUGGUGGUAAUGGACACCCAACACCGCAUUUUCGGGGCAUACAUGAACGAAUAUCUUAGACCUUUGGAUAAAAAACAUUACUACGGAAACGGAGACUGUUUCUUGUGGAAAGCCGAGCGCGACACAAUCAGGAACAUCAGCACGCUGGAAACGUCUGGCGAACAGCUCAGACUGAAAGUGUUCCCAUACACGUCUGUUAACGAUUACAUCAUCUACUCGAACCACGAUUUCAUCAGCAUCGGGUCGGGAAACGGCAGGUUUGGGCUUUACAUUGGCGGGAACUUCGAGUCGGGCGCCACAGACAGUGUCGAAACUUUUGGAAACGAACCUCUGACCACCGAACGCUUCAAUAUCCUGGGUUUGGAAAUCUGGAAAAUUAACUAA